AUGCUGACCCAACAGCACCCACGAGUCAACCGCAUGUUGACCUUCAAACGCCAAACCUCCGCCUCGGCCGAUAACCUCUCCUCCAAAUACGGCGCCGGAAAGGCACGUUUGCGAGGUCGCAGAUCCGCCAAAGAGCCCCUCUCGAUGCCAACCCCUCCACGUCGCCCAGAGGAGAGACAGCAGAUACGCUCCAGGUCCAGCCCUAUCACCCCGCCGGAAACCCCCGGACCAGACGUCAUCACCAUUGCCGUCGGGCUCGAAAAACGCCUCUUUGCCGCACACAAGGAAAUCCUCUGCGUCUCGUCGUUCUUUGCCACGGCCUGCUCGCGGGCCCCGCUCACGCAGCCGGGCUUGCUUGCUGAACCGCUCGAUCUUCCGGACGAGCAGCCCGAGGUCUUCUCCUGCGUCUUGGAGUACCUGUACCGUGGCGAUUACUUUCCUCGUCUCACGCACAACAUGCGUCGCGAUUCCUGGGAGCUCGGGGAUGCGGGUACGGAUCGUCAUGGACAGAGUCACGGCGCAACCGUCUUCAUUCCUGAAAUGGGAGCGGAGAUUUUGAGGGAUACGGCUGUUUACUGCGCCGCAGACAAAUACGGCCUCGAGAUGCUCAAGCGUCUGGCGCUGCGCAAACAAGGCCUUCACACGGGCAUCCAAUGCCACACGAUCCUGACCAGCGCGCGCUUCGCCUACGCCAACACCCCCGACAGCGAAUCCAAGCUGCGUGCGCACUACCUGGCACUGAUCAUCCGCAGUAGAGACACCUUUAAGCGCAGCGGCACUAUGCAGAUGGAGAUGGAGCAGGGCGGGAAGCUGUUCUUUGAUCUGUUUGUGGCGAUGUGUAAUUUCAUUGACGACACUAUCGCGGCCCAGGACCCGAAGUUGGCACUGCCUGCUGCUUGA